AGACGUGCUCGUGUAAUGGCGACGGGGGAAAAAAGAAAGUUGAUGAGUAGCAUUAAAAAGUAAACAGUGAGUAAAACCUACCAGCUAACCAACCAACACAAAAGAGUACCAAAGUAGAAGCGGCCGGAAGUGUGGAAGUCCGGUUUUGUCUUUUCCAGCUAUCUCGUGUGAAAGUUGUAAAACGUCCUGUUUGCCAAAUCAAACAGGACAGAUUAGAGACACCCCUGGAGAUGAUGGCGAGCCUCCCAGUGUAAUUCCUCUUGGAACCUGGAGCCCCGAGUUGAUUCGUCGAAUAUUUCACCUGAUGCCUCCACAGGUCAGUGGAGGAUGCGCUGGAGCACACUGGGGGUCGUGCACAGCUGGGACACUGCAGCUAUGGUCAAACUAUUUCCUGUUGUUCGGGAUGGAGGAAUGUUAAUGGCAUUUGUCAGCCAGUGUGCAGGAAAUCAUGCAUGAAUGGGAAAUGUGUGGGACCAGACAAGUGUUUAUGCUCCAGAGGCUAUAAAGGACCACUGUGUGAUGAAGAUGUGAAUGAGUGCGGUUUGCCGGAGAGACCAUGUUCCCAGCGCUGCAUGAAUACACACGGUAGCUAUCGUUGUUACUGUGAACCUGGAUACAUGCUCAGUGCAGAUGGAUACACCUGCAGCAGAGAGGCCGCAUGUUCCUCUCUGCGCUGCCAGUUGGGUUGCCAGAUGGAGAGAGGGGGAGCGGUAUACUGUCUGUGUCCCCCCGGCCUCCACCUGGCCGCUGACAACAAGACCUGUGAAGAUGUAGAUGAGUGUCAGCGAGAUGCUGAUGUGUGUCCACUACAGCAGACCUGCAGGAACACUUUUGGCAGCUUUGUCUGUGUGUGCCGGGAUGGUUUUGUGAUGGGGACAAUCAAGGGCUCAGUGCAAUGUCGAGAUAAGGAUGAAUGUUUAACUGGGUCUCACCGGUGCAGCCGCCACGCUCAGUGUGUCAACACAGAUGGUUCCUACACCUGUCAGUGUUUGGAGGACUACUUCGGCAACGGACGCACCUGCUGGCCCAGGAGAGCCCCACAGUCCAAGGCUCUCAUGUACUUCAACUACAAACUCUCCAAAAGGACCAAGCAAAUACAACCUUCAUCUUAG